UGGUUGGGUAUAAACUGCGUUCACUCAUCCACAUGCCCCUCGACCUCACUCCCUCCAUCCCUACAUUUCUCCUCCUCUCUCCUUAUCCCUGGUCCUCCUGGUCUCUGCUCCUCCACAAGCUGCCCGGCGGGAACGUCAGACGGAAGCCAUGCUAACUCUACUGGUGCUCACAGCUGCGGUGCUGCUCGGUGCAGCACCUCAGUCAGAGGCUAUAGUGGUAUACACAGGCUGGGAGAGGCAUGCUCUUGUGGGCUCAGAUGUCCGGCUGUCCUGUUCUUUCUUCUCCUGGCGGUGGACUUCUGAAGAUGUCACCUUCUCCUGGAGCUACAGACCAGAUGGGGCCAAAGACAGCAUCUCAAUUUUCCAUUACACGGGUGGAGCUCCCUAUGUGGAUAAUAAGGGGCCAUUCCGGGACCGCCUGGAGUUUGUGGGGAACCCUCCUCGCCGUGAUGGAUCUAUCCUGAUCCGGAAUCUUGACUUUAGUGACAACGGAACCUUCACCUGUGAUGCCAAGAACCCUCCCGACAUAGUGGGCCGUCCCUCCAGUGUACGACUUCUGGUAUUCGAGAAAAUUCCAAUCCAGGCCGGAGUGAUAACAGGAGCGAUCAUUGGGGUGGUUUUGGGUUUGCUGAUUCUUGUGGUGGCUAUUUACUAUCUGAUGCGUUUCCUUGUGGCCAGACGCGUCUUCGACCUGAGCGUGAGCAAACAUGGCAAGAAAGGCAAAGGAAAAGAAGCACAGCAAAGACAGGCUUCUGUUCUGGUGGACCCGGCCAAGCAGAAGGCGGCAGCAUCCGAGAAGAAGAAGCAGGAGUCUCGCAGGGAAAAGAAAUAGGGGUUGGGGAGCAGAGAGCUAGAGCUGCAGGGCAAGGGGGCCAAGCACCUGCCCACAGCUCAGGGCAAGCAGGCCAGGGAGGACAGGGUCCUUAUGACUAUCGAGCUGGAGCUCAUGAAACAAGAGCAGACCGCAGGAGGAGAAGGAGGAGAGAAGGCCAAGAGUAGGUCUGCUGCCCUUCUCUCCACCCUCUCCAACCUUGGCCACAAAAUCACUCUCCGCUGAGCGAGCGAGGGACGGAAUAAGGGUGAGGAGGAGGGGUGGUAGAAUAGGUCUUGAUGAGGUGGAGAAGGAGAGAGGAAUGGAGUGAAAACUAAUUUGGCCUGAACAUAAUUCACACAAGUAUGCAAAUGUUUGAGAACUCUAUCACGUCAUUACGUUCUAAAAAUGUCACAAUACAAUUCAAAAUAGAUCUCAAGCUUCAUUCCAAAGGCUACCACACACCAGACAUGCUGUGUGCAGCAUUCAAACAUUUGACACCAUUGUUUAAUGAAGGGUCACACUGUUGCUGAGCUCCACAGCUCUCCACUCACGUUUUCUACAACUAUGUAAAAUUAAACCCGGAAUCACAAGACAAAAAUCAAUAGCAUGUGACAUUAGCAGGCAACGUAGCUGCACCUAAAAUUUUUAAGAUAAAUAGACAAAUGCUAAGCUUCUAUGUUCACCUUCGCUAAUGUCCCUAGCCUAAUCUGUUUUCAGCUAGCUUGAAAAUGGCAAGUUUGUGAAGCGUUUUUUGAGAAAUUCACUGAUGUUGGAAGUUGCAUUAGAUCUAUACAAACAGAGUAUGAAAUGAACUUUGAGCACUUUCACUGUGAUACAUUCUAUGCAGUAUAGUUGUACUAUCCACUACGCUAUGCUGUGCAGCGCCACAUCUCUGGUGUGCAGUAGCCUUGAGUGUUGCAGCAAGGGGUGCUCUCUGUUGACAUGUUUACUGUUAGUUCUAUUGGAAUAAUAGUAGGUUCACCAACACUCUAUGCUAUCACCCUCUUUCAGAACUGAGAUUUAUAAAUGCCACCAUGGUGUGAAAAAGAGGGUAGAGUUUGUACAACAGGCAACACAUUUGCACUGGCCCAAAAUAAGACAUCUAGUUAUGGUGCAGUUUGGUACUGUAAACACUAAGGAGCCCAGUAUCACUGACUACUGUAUAAACCCAUACAACAUCAAAAAUGGAGAAAUCUAUCAAGACUUGAGUAAAAGAGAAACGGUAGCACAACUCAUACUCAUGCACACACUGCAGUUGGGAAGGCAGAAUGGUGAAGCGUAUAAUUAUUCUGCCAUUUCUCUCUCUCUCUCUCUCUCUCUCGCUUUCUCUCUCUCUCUCUCUCUGAUUCAUUCAAUGGAUAAUCAAUCUCUGUCUGGAUAAUCUCUAGUGCAACCCCCACAAUAUACAUCUUCAAACACAUUCACAA